AAAUUGCAGAUGGAGUGUCUGCACAGCCAUCGGAAAUAUGCUUGGAGUGAAAAUCCUGACAGGAUUCGUCCCAUCAGGCCAAUCCGGCUGCCCCCGCCAGUGCCCUUGAUCCCAGUGGCACAAAGACCCCUUUCUCAGCAGGACUGGUUCCAUGGCUCCCUCACCCGGCAAGAGACACAGGCCCUGCUGUCCAGUGAAGGAAACUUUUUGGUGAGGGAGAGCCAAGGCCAGCCUGGAGGAUAUGUCCUGUCAGUGAUGAGCGGAGGACAAUGUAAACAUUUCAUCAUCCAGUGUCUGAAGGGUAGGUACUAUUUUGAGCCAACCGGCCCCAGCUUCUCCAGCAUCCCUCAACUGAUUCACCACCACUUAAAAACAUACCAAGGGCUCACGACAAGAUCCCCUGCACUCUUGCGCACUCCUGUUGUACGAGCAAAAUGGGACCUCAGCCAUGAGGAUGUGAUUCUGGGUGAGCUACUAGGCAGUGGGAAUUUCGGAGAGGUAUACAGUGGCCGCCUCUCCUAUGACAACACCCCUGUGGCGGUGAAGACCUGCCGGGAACGGCUUGCUCCAGAAACAAAAGAGAAGUUUCUCAUGGAGGCCAGGAUCUUGAGGCAGUACCGCCACCCAAAUAUCGUCCGCAUCAUUGGCAUCUGUGCACGGAAACAGCCCAUCCUUAUCGUCAUGGAACUGAUAUCUGGUGGGGAUUUCUUGUCCUUCCUGCAGUUGGAAGGGAGCCGGCUCUGGGUGCGAGAUCUCAUCCGCUUUGCGAUCCAGGCUGCAGCAGGCAUGGCCUAUCUGGAGAGCAACCACUGCAUCCACAGAGAUCUGGCUGCUCGGAACUGUCUAGUGGGGGAAGGCAGUGUCCUCAAGAUCAGCGACUUUGGUAUGUCCCGGCAGGAGGAGAGUGGCGUCUACUCGUCCAAGCAAGGCCUGAAGCACAUCCCAAUCAAAUGGACUGCGCCCGAGGCUUUGAAAUACGGCCGGUAUUCCACCGAGAGUGAUGUCUGGAGUUAUGGCAUUCUCUUGUGGGAGAUCCUCAGUUUAGGGAGCACACCAUACCCUGGGAUGUCUAAUCAGCAAGUGAUCAGCCAGGUCGAAAGAGGCUUUCGUAUGAGAGCCCCAAAGGGUUGCCCUAUGGACAUCUACGAUCUGAUGCUGCGGUGCUGGGAUCGUGAUCCUCCUGGACGCCCGACCUUCUCUGCCAUCUACAAGGAGUUGUUGCAGCUUCAUUGGGAUCCUGAAUGAUGUUUCUCAAGAUGCAACUGUGAAAACGUACGCCCACUCCCUGAUAAAUCUCUCUAAAGCUACCUGUUGCUUCACUUUCUCUCGUGCAUCCCUGCAGGGUUGUUUUUCCUCCAGGGCAGGGUGGCCUUCUGUUGCCACCACUUGGAUUCAAGGGUUUCUUACAGCGUUCUGCAAUCCAAUACAAAUGACAUAGGAUUCCUUGCAGUAUCACAGCUGUCAGAGGAUAUCUAACUACGCAUACUGGGAGAGAUUUGCCUAGCAUACAAUGGAAUAUUGCAAGGGAUUUGGGGCAGUGUGCAUCAUUGGCACUCUCCCUCUUUUUAAAGAAAAACACAUCAAAAUCAGUCCUAGUGAUCCCACUACUUCUCCUCCAGCAUCACUACAUAAAACCGUUUUGCCCUGAUUUUGUUCGAGGGAAAGGUACAAGAGUAAACUUGAAACAGAUUUAUUUGUUAAUAA